AGCCCUUUUUCUCGGUCUCAAAUCCAGAAAUUGAUGAGAAGCCCGCGAGUCACAAGGAAGAAAGAUGCAUCUCUUCGCUAUCCUCCUUCUUUUCUCGAUUGCACUGGAAAGCGACCAGUCGACCACUUCCCUGUUCGGCUGUUCCCUCUUCUGUUCACUUUUCGUUCCUUAAUUACAAGCCAGCAUUUUCAGUUGGGCUUUCAUUUAAUUUCUUCAAUUUCUGGCGCUCUCCCCCUACUUCUUAAAUCUUUCAGUUGGGAUUUCUCUUUCCCUUCCCUUUUAAGCCUGUUCAUCUCCCUCUGAUUUCUCUGCUUCAUUCUCUCCUCUGUUUUGAGUGUUUCAGGGUCUGGGCUUUGAAGGGUCUCUGCUUUUUCUACCAUGGGGUGGUUUUUUAAGACCCAACGUGUCAUCUACAAGCCUGUAGAGGAAGUUGAUCUUAGCCCAGAUAGCGAUGAGGUUUAUCUCCGGGCAAAUGUUAAAGCUCCUCGAAUGGCUGGGUUUUUAAUCAAGAUUGCUGCAUGGAUUCUGGAGUCAAGGAUUUUGGGAGCAAUGCUAGUGUACAUAUUGAAGGGUGAAAAUCUGAUUCACAAGCUCGUUUCAUUUGCAGAGUUGAAGGAGCCACCUGUUUAUGUCCCCUACCAUCCUUGGAAAGACCUUAAAGAGCAAGAAGCUAAAUGCAUACCAUCUGAAUUGCCACCAUCUGAGAAAGCUCAGCAUGCUGUGGAUUGCUUGCCUUUAUGUUCAGAUGUUAUAAUAAAUACUCAGCAGCCCACAUUUAGACGUUGGACAAUACAAGAUUACUCAAGAGCCUAUAUUUCAGGAGAAACAACUCCCCUUGUGGUGGCAAAGAGCUUUUUAGAUGCUUUGCAUGCAUCCUCCACUCCUCCCCUGAAAAUGUCAUUCUUUAUCAGUUACAAUGCUGAGGAUAUUCUAAGGCAAGCUACUGAGUCAACUCUUCGAUAUGAGAGAGGGGAACCAAUUUCGGUUCUGGAUGGUGUCCCAAUUGCUGUCAAGGAUGAAAUAGAUAGUAAGCCUUAUCAAACUACAGGAGGAACAAAAUGGUUACACAAAUUGAGACAUUGUACUGAUGAUGCAUGUUGUGUUAAGCAUCUGAGAUCAUGUGGUGCCAUAAUUGUCGGGAAAACUAACAUGCAUGAGCUUGGUGUUGGGACAAGUGGAAUCAAUCCUCACUAUGGUGCUACUAGGAAUCCUUAUGAUCCCAGCAAAGUGACUGGAGGUUCUUCUAGUGGAUCUGCUGCUGUGGUGUCUGCAGGACUGUGCCCGGUUGCCCUUGGUGUUGAUGGAGGAGGUUCUGUGCGAAUACCUGCCUCUCUCUGUGGUGUUAUUGGUUUCAAACCAACUUUUGGUCGUGUAUCUCACUCAGGUGUUCUUCCUCUAAACUGGACAGUGGGAAUGGUUGGAAUACUUGCAGGCACAGUUGAAGAUGCACUUAUUGUUUAUGCAGCUAUCAGUGGACACCAUCCAUCAAAUCAACCCACUAUUUUACCUCCAAAAAUAAAUUUACCGCUACUGAAAUCAGAAAAAUCCAUGUCCAGAUUUAAAAUCGCAAAGUACAAAGAGACUGUAGAUGUCACUUUACCAGAGAUAGAAGUGAUGCGCCUUGCACAUUAUCUAACAAUCGGCUCUGAGUGUAACGCUUCAAUUAGACCUCAUCUAGAGAAGAUGGAUGUCGCGGAAUUGGGGUGUGAUGCAAGGGUAGCACUUCGUAUAUAUGGUGCUUUCAACAGCAGAGAAUAUUUGAAUGCCCAGAGAAUUAGGAACCGCCAGAUGCAUUUCUAUAAGCACAUUCUUGAAAGGGCAGAUUUCAUUGUUAUACCAACUACUGGUGUUACUGCAUAUCCAAUAAUGGAAGAUGCUUUGAAAUAUGGUGAUUUUGAUUACAUAAAUGGAGCUGCACUUGUUCGGUACCAAAUAGCAGGAAAUUUUCUUGGAUUGCCUGCCGUGACUGUUCCGGUUGGAUAUGAUAAAUCAGGGAUGCCUAUUGGCCUUCAAUUCAUUGGGAGACCAUGGUCGGAAUCAACCUUACUCCACAUAGCCUUUGCAGUGCAGGUUUUGAGCAUUCAAAGUUACAGAAAGCCCAAGGUUUUCUAUAAUCUACUAAGCAAGAAAGAGGAGCCAUGAAAAAGCUCAACAACUUAUGUACUCUUAUUUAAGUUGUUCCCAAUAAGAAAGUUUCUAUCAAUUAGAUAUUAUAGUCAAUGCAAAAAGUAUUCAUUGUUUUUUCAUUGUUGUCUCUAUCAAGUGGUAAUAUAUACAUAUAUGUAGCCAAAGCGGUAACUUCCACUGUUUUAAUCUAGAAUGUUUUAAAAACCGAUCCGGUUGUUGACCCAAAAAGUUGGCUGAAUAGUGGAUUAAAUGGUUAUCUUUUAAUUCUGUUGUAA